GGACAAGUAGACUACAGGCCUGUAGGAGUGCUCAGUCCAAAACAAGAGGAAGCACCCAACAGAGCAAGAUAGUUUGGCAGGGUAGAGGCCAACUCUAACGUUUGCGUUGGCAUUUGGCAGGAAACCUUGGCUCUAUUAGGAGGAGACAAUGAUUUUGCAUUAAUCUAUUGCUGUAAUCCCUUACCUGUCUAAGACUUACAGUACCUGAAAUCAUUAUUAUAUCUAUGUCAGUGUAGAGAUAGAUAGCUAGAGAGAGGGGGCAAAACCGACACACAAAUAACCAUGCAGGUUUAAAAAGUUGCAACUUUUCCUAGUUUUCCAUUCCAUAGCUGUCACUGUGAAUCAAGAUUCAAGGACUAGAGCCAAACAGGAAUAUUUUUCUCUGACCUUGGCCAAAAGGUGCCGUAGUAGGUAAUGCAAUAUCUUCUACUGCUCACAACAAGGAAAGAAACAAGGCAAAAGCUGUCUGACGUGGCAAAUUUUUUUUGUGAGGUGUCAUGGUCAAUGCCUUUUUGCAGUCAGUGGUGGCUCCUGCUGUUGUGUGUGUGUGAUAAAUUGGGAGGUUUCUGCAGUUAAAAGAGUCCUUUCCUUUACCCUUGCAAAUAUCCACUUAGUUGGGUCUUUGACCUGAAGAGAAGUUGGUGGUGGUGGUAGAUGGGACAUUGUGUAUGUACAGGGCAAGCCUUGUUGGAGGCUACUGUGGCUUCUGCCUUCUGAAGGCACCAUUCUGCUCGCUUGCAUCAUUGGAAGCUCUCUCUCUCUCUCUCAUAUUUUGUUUUCUGCUUGAGCCAUCAGUUCUGAGCGGCGAGCGCCAGCAAAUUGUUUCUUGAUUGGUUCAGACAAGGUGUCUGAAGAGCAGGAAUGGAGGCACUGGAGAAGAAAGGAGGGCGCGCACCCUUUCCUAACGCAGUCAAGCCCUCCAAUUCUACGGCAAGUCACAAGCUUUCUAAGAGUGAUUUUGAGGACCAAGAUGCUAAGGGUGCACCGCGUUCUUCGCAGAAAGCAUCUAGCCAACCUAAGUUGCAAGGUAGAAACCCAAACCCUCAUCUGAAAAGUGAAGCCAAGAAGGGAAUUCCGCCCAGGAGUGAGGCACAAAACUCCCUGAAAAAAGAGAUUCUGCAACUGGAGACGCACCUCAAGGAUCAGCAGGUGGUGCGCGGCGCACUGGAGAAAGCACUGGGGCCUGACCCUGCUCCUUUCACUCUCCCAAAUGAGAGCCCAGUGCUAAAGCCGGCUACUCAACUGAUAAGGGAGGUUGCCACAUUGGAGCUGGAGAUCAAGCACUUGGAGCAGUACCUGCUAACACUCUACAGAAAAGCAUUUGAGCAGCAGCAAGCACCCACAUUGCCCUGUUCAGAUGCUCACCGGGAUGCGCCGAAGCUGUCGGUGAGCUCACGGUCUGCGCAGCUCGAUGAAACGCCGAAGGCGAAGGCCCCUAUCAGGAGAGGGGGUGAUCCAAUGCUCCAUUACAGCUGCCCUCCACUUAGUAAGGGGAGGAAUGGCGGCGCAUUGGAUGAUUGCUCGCCGUCGACGUGCCCCAGGAGGACUAUGGAUUCUGAUACUGUCCUCCGAAGCCAGUCUGCGCUGUCGUUCCGCGGAGUAUGUUCAUCCAGGAUAUCACCCACAGAGGACAGUCUUGCGAGGGCUCUUCGAUCCUGCCAUUCUCAACCUUUCUCAUUCUUGGAGGAAGGGGAGACUUCUACAUCAGGAGUGGUAAGCUUGGCUGACUAUCUGGGGACUAAUGUAGCUGACCACAUCCCUGAAACCCCCAACAACCUUUCUGAGGAGAUGGUCAGGUGCAUCUCAGGGGUGUACUGCAAACUUGCUGAUCCUCCUCUGGUUCGCCAUCGCCCAUCGUCGUCGCCGACCUCGUCGCUCUCCUCAGCGAGUGUGGUCUCCCCACAGUACCUUGGGGAUACGUGGAGCCCCGACUGCAGGAGAGAAGCAACUCUGGACUCCCGGCUGAUCAACCCGUUUCAUGUUGAAGGUCUGAAGGAAUUCAGUGGACCGUACAAUACAAUGGUUGAGGUUCCAUCGAUUUCCCGUGACCGUCGAAGGCUAAGAGAAGCUGAAGAUUUGCUCCAAACUUAUAAGUUGAUUCUUUAUCGGUUGGAGACUGUCGAUCUCAGGAGGAUGACGAACGAAGAGAAGCUCGCUUUCUGGAUCAACAUACAUAAUGCUUUAUUGAUGCAUGCCUACCUGAAGUAUGGCAUCCCACAGAACCAUCUGAAGAAGACAUCACUACUUGUCAAGGCUGAAUGCAAGAUUGCCGGGCGCACCAUCAACGCAGCAGUCAUCCAGGGGCUGGUUCUCGGAUGCAGCACUCACUGUUCCGGACAUUGGCUGAGGACUUUGCUGCAGCCAAGGAACAAAAGCAGAGCGAGCAAAGCCGGAGGCGAGUGGCAAGCCUUUGCCGUUCAUCAAUCCGAGCCUCUUUUGCGCUUUGCGCUUUGUUCAGGGAGCCACUCCGAUCCCGCGGUUCGGGUGUACACCCCGAAGCGGUUGUCGCAGCAGCUGGAGGCGGCGCGGGAGGAGUACAUCCGGGCGACGGUGGGCGUGUGGAAGGAGCACCGGGUGCUGCUGCCCAAGCUCGUGGAGGCGUACGCCAGGGACGCCAAGCUCUCGCCGGAGCGGCUCGUGGACGCGGUGCAGCGGUGCGUGCCGGAGAGCCUGCGGACGGCGGUGCAGCGGUGCCGGCGAGGGGGCAGGUCGUCCGGCAAGGUCGUCGAGUGGGUGCCGCACCGGCAGAGCUUCCGGUACCUGCUCGCCAGGGACCUCGCCUUCCCGCACCUCAGCUGAUCUGAGCUGAGCACAACCUGCAUUGGUUACUGCUAAUUCAACAGCAUUUAAGUGGAGUCGAUUCAGAGAUUAGUUGCUGUCGAUGUGUUGAUAGAUUUGGUUCUAGGAUGAUAACAUCCAUGAUCUGUUAGCCACGGGAAUUAAAUAUCUUGUGUGUGUGUGCGCGCGCGCGCGUAAUCCGUGCGCUGUAAAGAGAUUAAUUUGUAGAUAGCAACACAAAUGGAAAAGAUGACAUAUUAAGGGCAUGUGAUUUGAGUUUAUGCGGCACAUCGGACAGUGAUACUGCGUCGCCAGUUUACCGUGAAUUACACUAGCAUUAUACAAACC